AGCAAACGCUUUACAUGCUGUUAACAGAAGAAAUGAGACACUUAGAGCCACGCUUUCCUUUCUGCUCACUGAGAGACAGAUUUGCCCUAGCGUGGAAAAUACUUAAUGAAACCCUGCAAAAGACAUCGAUUUUGGAUGUUUGUGCUCUCUACCGCACUCCCCCUGACAGGGCUAGUUCACUGCAUAUGGCAACCAGCUCAGCAGCGCGUUUUCCCUCUGCGGCGGAGCAAACACGGCUUUAGACACAGCAGCACCGCAAGGCUUGCAUGAGAAGUGGCGAGAUUUUUGGGCUUUGGUGUAAAAAAAAGUGCCUUAGGGAACAUCCCCCGCACUGGGGGCGGUCAAUUGGAGCUCCCGGCGCUCCCCGGACGUGCCGCACCCCCCUAGGGGCGACCGCUUGUGCCAAGCGGGAGCUCGCUGUGGGAGAGAAGGGUUCCCAGAAUACUAUGGACAAGAACUUUCAAGAAGAGUUUACGCAAAUUGUUAAAUUUGAACCUCCUUUGUACAAACAACGCUACCAGUUUGUUAAAGAUUUAGUGGAGAAAUACAAACCUAAGAAGGUGGCAGAUUUAGGAUGUGCUGAUUGCAGCCUUCUCUGGAUGCUGAAAUUCUGCAGUUGCAUUGAAGUGUUAGCUGGGCUAGAUAUCUGUGCAAAUGUAAUGAAAGAGAAAAUGCAUACAUUGUCUCCUCUUCCUGUUGAUUAUUUGCAACCAUCUGAAAGAUCCCUAACUGUUACCUUGCAUCAUGGUUCAGUUGCCCACAAAGAUCCUUGCAUGCUUGGUUUUGACUUGGUGACGUGUAUUGAACUAAUAGAACACCUGGAAGAAUCAGAGCUGAAGAAGUUUCCUGAAGUGGUGUUUGGUUUCAUGGCUCCAAGCAUAGUUGUGAUCAGCACUCCAAAUUCUGAAUUUAACUCUUUGCUUCCAAGAGUGAUGUUAUACAGACAUCCAGACCACAAAUUCGAGUGGACCCAAGCACAGUUUCAAAGCUGGGCUCUAGAGACUGCUAGAUGCUAUGAUUACUCAGUGGAAUUUACUGGUGUCGGGCACCCACCAACAGGAAUGGAGAAGGUUGGGUUUUGUACCCAAAUAGGUGUGUUUGUUAGAAAAUAUCCUCAAACUGGUGAAUCUGUUCGGUCUGAGAAACCCAUGGAAGCAGUUUACAAAACAGUCUUCAAAGCAGUGUAUCCAAGUCUCAAAGAUGAGAAGUACUUGCAGAAUGCAGUGAUCAAUGAAGUUAUUUUCACAGCCCAAAUCAUUAAGCACCGUUUAAUGUCAAAACGUGAGGAGUAUGGUGAUGAUCCUGAGAAAAAAUCCAAAUUCCAGGCUUCAAUGGACUCUUUUUCUGACUAUUUUGGAAAACUGGUUGUUGAAAAAAACAUGGAACCAUUUGUCAGUGGCAAUGAGGUUCACAUACCUCUCACAACAAUCUUUUCUUUUCCCAAAGUGAAUCGACUUUGUGGUACCUUUGAGAAGUUACGCAAGCUUAUUGCGGGCAAGGUCACACUGAGCAGUGAUGGUUCUGCUGUGAUGUUCAAUAUUGAACAUGAUAAUGAAGAGAAUUAGAUAGAUUUCUCACACUAAGUUCAGUUAAAGUAAUGAAAGUGUUUUUUUUUAGAAGCUGUCAAAUUGUAUGUUCUGUAUGCUAACUAGACCACAAAAUCUUUUCUAAAGUUCCAUCAGUGGUAUUUGUCUGUCAGCACCUCUCACUGAGUGAAGGUGAGUGCUUUUGACAAAGGUAACAGUAACUCAUAGGGGCUUCAAGUACUGUAUCAUGGGCUAAAAGGAAAUAAUUCCGUCCCAAGAAGAGAAUUAAAUAUUUCUGUUUGCUUUCUAUUGCUUUAUUGUAGCUAUCAUUACUAGAUUAUUUCUGGUAGUCUCUUGUUAGCUUCAAGGAUAGUUUGUGUUACCAUCUACUGUGUUGUGCUGAAUAAUGUGAGUCAGAUGUAAGUUUAGAGCAAGUUUUUUCUUAAUUUCUAUAAAAUUUAUAGAUGUCUUUUCAAGAUGAGUACAUACUCAGCCUCGAUGAAAACCAAAUGUUAUUCCAGCUGAAUUAUGAAACUGGCAUAUUUGUUCUGUUUUUGAAAAAAAAAAAUUAAAAAAUUAAAGAACUGCAGUAAUUGUAAAUGCUAA